AUGUUUCGCAACUUACAAGAUUUAGAUUUUGGAUUCUCCUCUGUUGGUUAUCAAGAUCUCUCAUUCGAAAUGCCACAUCGAACUAUUUAUUCUUCAAGUUUGUUUAAAUUACAUGUCAAUGUCAAAGAAUUUCAUGAUUGCCUGUAUCUACUUGAUGAUUGUUUCCAUAAACUCAAUUCACUUCAUGUGAGAAUUUCAAAUAUUGACUUAAUAGAAACAACCGGAAAUGAAAUUCAACUAAUCAAUAUGAAACAUUUCAAUAACCUGCGACAAAAAGCACAAAUUGUUACUACGAAUCGAUUGUUCCUCUGUUACAAGGAAAAGUUCAUUGAUGGUGACAAUCUCAAAUACGAUAUUCUCAGUCGUCUUUCACAUUUACAACAAUUUCAGUUUAAUAUUUAUUCUUACAUUCCUGUAGAUAAUGAAAGUAAUCUACCGUCUAAGGAAGAUAUUGAGAACACGUUGAUAGGUGUUGGAACCAACGAAAUCAAAUUACUUAUCAAUUACUAUCCAAAAAGUCAAAUGGGUUCUUGUCAUAUUUAUUCAUACUUGUCUUCCCACAGAAUGAAAUAUUAUUUCAACAUUACAAACAAUUUCCCAGGUGGAUUAUAUCAAAAUGUUCGAAAAAUAUCUUUAUUUGACGAAUAUCCAUUUGAACAUGAAUUUUUCAUUCGAAUUGCGCAAUCAUUUCCAUUCCUCCAAAGUUUAUCGUUAACCAAUAUGAUGCCACAAAAUGAUACGCAAGAUUCGUCGAUUGUUCAAUUUCUUCAUCUUCUUGAACUGAAUUUUGAUGAAAUACAUGACGAUUAUGCGGAACAAUUCUUAUUAGAUACAAAGACUCACCUAUCAAACGAUAUCUCCCUUUCUAUAGAAUAUAAACAACUGCAACGUGUUACUCACAACUUCACCAGAAUAGCGACAAAAAGCAAUUGCGCAAAACUUGGAUACAAAUUAUGUUAUCAAAAUUAA